AGCCUCGGCGGCGCCACCCGCCCCUUCCCGCCUUCCCCCGCGGCGGCGCAGGACAGCAGCGGCAAGAUGGCGCAGCCGCCGGUUCUCCUCAAGGACAUGAAGCUUAUGGACGUGAAGCUGGGCCAGCUGCCCAGCUGGCUGGCCAUGAGAGACUUCACCCCCGGCGGCAUCUUGGGGGCCGUGCGAAGAGGUUAUGAUAGAUACUACAAUAAAUAUAUCAAUGUCAAGAAAGGGGGCCUCGGUGGGAUCUCCAUGGUGCUGGCUGGUUACGUUGUCAUCAGCUACAUCUGGAGCUACAGUCACCUGAAGCACGACCGCCACAGGAAGUACCACUGAAGCGCGAAGGUGCAGCUCUUGAACAGACUGGACCCCUGGAACAGUUACCCUGACAGAAGACAUCAGAACUAUUCAUGUUAAAAUCUGUACUAUUAUGACCAAUAAUAAAGUGCAUACACUUUACAUCUACUGA